CUUUUCUUGGCCGGUAGGUGCUAUGUCAGCCUAAAUAACUAAAAGUUUGACUUGUCAGCCAUCCUUCUGCGUCAUCCUUCAUCAAUAUCCUCACCACUAUCCUUAUUAUAUAUCCCGCUCCGUCUUACUGCGCAGCCAUUCUCUCCAACCGUCUCUAUCUCCUCAUUUUACGCUGCUUCUUGGUAUCCGGAGAAUUUUUUUACCUGAUAUCGACUAUUACCGACCACCCAACAUUCAUUCCUUUGUUACAAUUUGCCCCUUUUGGGAUAUUGAUUUGGAUAUACGGGAGAAGGCCAGGAUUGGCUUGGAAUAAGGUUGGAUGGAAGACUGUGCACUCUCUGGGGCCACCUGGAGUGAUCUUCUCCCAUCGCCAUCGACGAUUCUACUUCACAUUACGCGGCUUCUGGAUUUCUACGGCUCCAAAAUUUCCAUUCUCGGUGUCUGUGUGGUCCUUGACCCUACAUAUGAAACUCAUUGUGGGCGCUGAAGGCUGGAGAAGUGCGAAGGAUUUCCCUCAAGUCUGAGAGUCAAAUAUUUCCUACCAUUACGCGGCUCCAGAAUACUCGCCUCCACCCGACCAUGUCUCCACUGCAUCUAGCUUCAAGCUCAAACACGAGGACCUCUUCCAACAGGUUAGAUACGAACAAUGCCACGAAACAACAUGGAAUUGCCACUCAAAGACCUCGGACAAAACAAUACAGGCCGUCUACGCUUCAUGAUUUGCCUCUGUCGGCAAAUGUUCUGAGGGCCAGGAGUAAUCACAAUCAUACAUGCGCCAUCCAUGGUCGAAGACGAGCUGCAGUUUCGGAUCCACCAGCUCUCACAAUACCAUUGACUGCUUCCACACGGUCUCGCCGACUGCCUACUCCACCAGGAGUAGUCGGUGCCACAAGCAUUGGUGCAGCAGAAGCUACCCGCCGAUAUAAUUCUCGGCGGUCUCCAAGAGAAAGCCUCGAAGAGGCUUUCUACGACUGCCAGGAGGCUAGCGUUGGGUUCUUAACGCCAUCACUCAACCAAUCGCACAGUGAUCCGCCUAGUAGGGAUGACGAUAACCCAACUGGAGACAUGAUUCGCAUACUCUGCUGUUAUCUGCCGAAGGUACAUCUUCCACAGCUUCUACCUAUUUCUUGUUUGGGGUUUUCCAUUGCAAAGGGUGAGCCAAUGAUAGUAAGUGGCAGUGAUGCCACCCGUGCGAAUCUGCCGGCAAGAGCCUGGGGUAAGAAAUCAGCUUCUGUUUCGAAUGAUGAAGCGAUGCCCUCUGGUGGAAACACGAAUACUGUUACCACUCUGGUAAAAAAGUCUAUGGACUUGAUCCGAGGCACGAAGGUUGGGUCUCUUGGCCGAAGUGAUAGCACUAUUACUGUUCGCCGCAAUGCAUUAUUCAGCCAUGGCAGACGAACCGAUACAGUAACUGAGAUGGCUACAAAACAAAACAUCCAAGGCAAUAUACCACAUCAGAUGGAACUUCCCACAAUAGUCACUCUCCGACGCGCCAUUGCCGUUCUAAACACUCUCGCUCAGCCACCUACGCACAACGUCAGCGCUGACAUGAAUGACGCUGCGAUGCUUCGAGAAUACCGUCGCAGCAUUCGAUCGAUGGCAUUGCCGGCCGAGUAUUUGAUUACAUCUGAGGAGAUCAGAAGUUUGAAAAACCAGAUGAAGAGCCAAUUUAUUGGACCAGAUCCAAAAGAGACUGCCUUGGUCAAGAAGAAGAAAUCCCUGGUUGGGCUUGGUUGGAAGGGAAGAGUCAAGAAAUCAAGCAGCGGAUCAAUGGUCUGGUUUGGAGCUCCGCGCAAAAAUCUCGAGUCGAGGGUCGCGCUCUCCGUUUCAAAUAUCCAUACAGCAUCGGUGUCAGUCUUAAACCGCGGGCGAAAGGGCUAUUUUAUAUCUCAACAAACGAGCAUCAUCCCCAUGCUGAUGACAGGAAAGAGUAUACAUGAGAUAGUCUGGGAAGACGACGGAAACCCACAGAACCUUUUUUCUUCGACGUGGAGCGUUGCGACUAGUCUGGCACAGGUCGAUUUGGUGACUCGGUCUCCUAACUCAUGUCCCCGAGAGCCCGACCCAGCCCCUAUUGAAGAUAUAGAAUCAUACGGCGGCGGGACUGCAAUCAUGGGUAUAAAUAGAACAUUUAAGACUGUCUGGGAGCACCCCUCCGAGGAGGUUUCAGAUACGCCUUAUGACAUUGACAAAUCUCUCUCGCUCUCCGAAGUGAUGAUUCCAAGCUAUGUGACUCAGCAGGUUUCCAUCUGCACACCAAAACCCAUCGCCGAUGGUGUCUGGCUCCCGCCAAUUUCGACCUUUAAUGCGCCAUUGGUUGAAAUUCCGGCUGCCAAUCUACGCACCUCGGCGCUAGACCUUGGGCCUGCUUAUGACAUUUGGAGAGAUUACUAUGUCUCUUUGAUUACACAGUCUAAGCAUCCACUGUUAGGAAAACAAGGUUUAGCGGCACCAGUAACCAUUUCGCAACCCAAGCCAUCGCCAUGGAGACAUUCCACCCAUAGUCUAGUGAGAGUUCCAGUAGGCUCACGGCCGAAGCCCUCACUGUGGAGCAGCGAUGUCGCAGCCUCGGGCCAGAUUAGUGCCACCCGCGAUGGCAGAGAGUCAACGGCAGAAAAUACUCUGCGGCUAUGGAAGCGAGCCUCAGCGCGUCGUCUACGAGGUGCUCUGGGUAUGGGAAGCGGUGAGAGCUGGAGACGCGUGAUGGGCGUAGAAAAUAUCAAAGAUGCGGAGAUCGAUGGUGCUUUGUCAUCUGCAGCAGAUGACAGAGCACCAUGGGGAGCAGAGGCCCUGGAUGAUGUGUCUAUUAUCUCUGAUGAUGCGGAAAGCGAUGGAUCGUGGAAGAGAGAUGCGAUAUCGCGGAAAGGGAAAAGGAGGUUGUUGAGGAGGAUUAGCCAGAGGGCCGCGCGUGCGAGACAAAAAUUGAUGGCGGCACGCGAAGAGAAAGCCAGGCAGGGGACAGAGAACGGAAAAGGUGAGGAGGGAGUGGAUGGAGGCGGCUAUCCUUCUGAGAGGACUCUCGACCAUCGCGGGAUGCUGGAAGAAAAGUCGAAGCAUGAGGAACUGGAAGAGUGGAUGAGAAGUUUAGAAGCAACGCCUGUCUUGAGACCUCGGUCUGGCAGAAAUUACAUGAAUUUGUACGGAAGCAGCAGAGCUACUGAUCGGAAGACUGGCGAUCAUCGGCCCUUCAAGCUUAAGGGUGAAUCGCGGAGAAGCGUUAGUAUCACUACGAUUGUGUAGGAUGGCUGUGUCGUAAUGCGGACUGGGAUUAUCAUUAAGAAAAAUUGCUGGAAUGGGGAUAGAAAGCGAUGUCAAUAGUCGCGCACUAGACUGGUAGAAAUCAAG